UCACUUGUCUGAAAGGUGCCUGCCGGGGCGGCCCUUCACCCUGUUUCCCGCCAGUUGGGUUCUUGCUGUCCACGUGAAGCGCUAAAUCUGCGCAGCUGUUCAUCAUGAGCGACCAUGAGGAGGAACACACCAUUGCGGAGGACCUCGUCGUCACCAAGUACAAAAUGGCUGGGGAGAUAGUGAACCGUGUUCUGAAGCUCUUGGUAGCGAAAUGUGUGCCUCUGGCCUCAGUCCGUGAUAUCUGUGCUGAGGGUGAUCGCCUCCUGGAGGAAGAAACCAAUAAGGUUUUUAAAAAAGAGAAAGAUUUAAAAAAGGGAAUUGCCUUCCCAGUCUGUGCAUCAGUAAACAACUGCAUCAACCAUUAUUCUCCCCUUGCAUCUGAGGGUGACACAAUUCUUCAGGAAGGUGAUCUAGUCAAGAUUGAUAUGGGGGCACACAUUGAUGGCUUCAUUGCUGUAGUUGGACACACUGUGGUGGUUGGGGCAUCAAAGACAAAUAAGGUCAAAGAACGAAAAGCUGAUGUGAUGAUGGCAGCUCACAAUGCAGCUGAAGCAGCCUUACGUUUAGUUAAACCCGGUAACCAAAAUUUUGCUGUUACUGAUACUGUCACAAAGAUUGCUGAAGUCUACAAGUGUAAACCGGUGGAAGGGAUGCUGUCUUUCCAGCUGCAGCAAGGCAGGAUUGAUGGAGAGAAGACUAUCAUUCAGAAUCCCACUGAAGCUCAGCGAAAGGAGGUCGAAAAGCAUGAAUUUGAGACUCAUGAAGUGUAUGGUGUUGACGUGAUUGUUUCAACCGGAGAAGGACAGGGUAAAGAAGCAGAGGCUCGUGUAACAGUGUUUAGGAAAACGGAAGAGAGCUACAGUUUGAAGCUGAAGGCAUCAAGAGAAUUCUUCAGCAAGGUUCAAAAGAAUCAUGGCACGAUGCCCUUCAACAUCAGAUCCUUUGAUGAUGAGAAGAAGGCUCGUUUGGGAGUGACAGAGUGUGUGUCUCAUAAGCUUGUAGACCCAUACCCAGUCCUUUGGGAGAAGGCUGGAGAAUAUGUUGCCCAGUUCAAGUUUACAGUACUGUUGAUGCCAACCGGCCAGCAUAAGAUUACAGGUCUGCCAUUUGAAAAUUCUCUGUAUGACACCAAGUUCAAGAUAGAUGAUCCAGAGCUGAAGCAAAUAAUAACAGCAUCUACCAAUAAUAAGAAUGCUAAGAAGAAGAAAAAGAAGGCAGAGAGGGAAGCGGCCACAGUUGUCAAGAGCGAGGACUAGCAGCACAUAGAAGCAGGACUGCCACACCUGACCCACACAAACACCCAGGUAUCCAGGGAAAUUUGAUUAGUUUUCCCAGGAGAAAUUUCCCUCCAGUUUUCUCUUUAACAGUGUUUUCUCUUACAGCAUAAAUCUUUCAAUUCAUGCUAUCCACAGAACUUCAAAAUAACAAAAUUGUUUUUCUUUUUUAUGCUUUAUGUAAUGUUCUGCUAUUAAAUCCAUUUUUGUUCAUCUGUGAUGAAUUUUAGCAAGCUAACUAAUUGUACUUAGAUUAUUUGCAGUGAAUCUUAAAUUGUAUCAGUUUUAUUGUUUUUAAUUUAUUUAAUCAAGAUCAAGAAUGUUUUUGUUCACAAAAGAAAUAAAUUCAUGGCAGUCACAUCGGGAUGAUGAUAUCCUCUGUGUAUCAUUAUACUUAAUGUGGCAGACAUUGUGGCCCUUCAGCAGCAUUCUACUCUAAUACGUUGAGUUAUCCCUGAAUUUGUUUGCACUAUGUAUAUCUUCACUGUUGCAGGUUAUGCUUCUCCAGCAUAGAGAAAUGCAGCAUAAGAGGUUAUCAUGCAAAGUUGAUGUUGCUGCGAAGAUCAAGUCCAUGUGCACUUGUCUUUGAACAGCAUAGAGAAAUCAACAUUUCUGGUGAUAAACUCACACAGGUUAACAAACUUGCCAAAUGGGAAGUGCAGUGCUAAUGCCUUCUCAGGACAAUGACCAUCAGUCAUAUGCAUUUUUUAACUGGUCCCUUAUCCAGUGUCUUCACCUCAGAGGUUAUUUUGUAUAUCCUUUGUACAAAUCUGUAGUUAAGGAAAAUUUCACCCACACAGCGGCAAUAACCAAUACAAAUUUGGAACUAAAUUUCCAUCACUUUUAGCUACCCUCUUCCUUGAGUUUGGAAUUAUGAUGAUUUUAAGAAAUGUAUUUAUUUUCUUUAUUUUAAACUUGUUGCAGUGAAAAUGUAGGCAUGUGUGAGGAAUUAUGUGUAUAAUGGUUGUGGUUUUGAAAGGCUUCUAUACAGGUAUUGUGGCUAUGCAGAUGAUGGAUACUAUCAUCCUCUUCCUUGAAAUAUUUUUAUAUAUAAUUAAAAAAUCAAUGAAUAGGUAUUAGUUUACCAUAACCAUUGCCCAUUUUAUUAAUCAAAUUUAUAAGUUCAGGCACCAGUGCUUUGAAUUGAUUGACUGCCACCAAAUAGCUCUCUACCUUUCUCAGAUUAAAGCUUUCUAAUGCCUGUUAUUAGCUACGUACUACUGGAAUCAGUAGUUGCAAAUCUGUCUUUAGUAAUUUUACGAUCAUGUUGAAGAUGUGGUUUAAAAAUUCUUCAGUUAUAAAGUUACUUUAAUGCCUGAAAAUCAACAAUGGAUAUGGAUUCUUCAUUUGUGGUUAAUCUGAAUGUUUGACAAAUAUUUGAAAGUCUACAUAAAAUCACUGUUUUAAAGGUGAUAAAUAACUUAAGGAAUUAUAGAGUGAAGUAAGGUUUGUUGUAUGAAUACUUCACAAUAUGUAUGAGUUUGACAAUCUAUAUGUAUAUAUAUAUAUGCUUUGUUUUACAUGAUUAAAAAAAAAAACUUUCUUCACUAUUGUAACAUUGUUCAAAAACACUUACCACGUUUAAAUUUUUAUGGACUUGGAAAAGGAUUAAAACCAUCUCGGCCAAGAAAUCUGCUUACCGUACACAGGUGGUUUGUUGUACAACAAAUGACUGCAUAUAAUUAAUUAAAACUUCAUUUUAUGCUGAAAGUUUUCAGCAAACUUGGAGUACUUUAUUUUUUGGCACCCUUGCCAAAAAUUUAAUGUUUGAUGGUGAAUACUUUUUGAAUGCUUUACACAACACUAUUCCAGUUGAGAUGAAUGUCGCCCUUCACUUUCAUUAUGUACAACUAAUGAGCCGGGUAUUAAGCACCUUGCUGAUGGUGUUUGGGAUGUAAUACUUGUUUUCAGCUUAGUUCACAAAGCUUACGUUCAUUAGAUUACAUGAAGGUUUCUGUAAAACCUGCAACAUGUCUCACAUCGAUUGUUUCAAAGGCUCUUCAUGUAUAUUCUGUUGAAGUUUACUGGAUGUUUAUAGCAAUUUUGUGAAAGGUAAUGUAUUUCUUCAAAUUAGGAUGACAAAAAUAUAUGUAGAGGUGCCGGAAGUUUUGUACACAGGUUUUCAAAUCCAAAAAUAAAAGAAAAACAAUAAAA